GGAGAGUCAGACGACCGGGCUGAGAGAAUGGCACACAAAGCAUCUCCUAUGGAAACUUUCUCAGAAAUCAGCAAAGAAUACCAUAUCGAUGAACAAGUGGGCUUUGCUCUGCCCAAUCCACUGGAGGAACUGCCUCACCCAUAUGAUGCCUGGAUUUCCAUCGCUAAAAACCUUCCUGUCCUGAUUAAGAAUGGUGAACUUCGUGCAGAAGUAGAGAAGUUACCCAUGUUCAGCAUCGAUGACCUCCCAGGACACAAGCUGCAGCGCCUCGCACAUCUGGUCCUGGGGUAUAUCACCAUGGCAUAUGUGUGGGACCAAGGUGAUGGAGAUGUCCGUAAGGUCCUGCCCAGCAAUAUUGCUGUCCCUUACUAUAAACUCUCCAAGAAGCUGGGGCUGCCUCCCAUUUUGGUUUAUGCAGACUGUGUCUUGGCAAACUGGAAGAAAAAGGACCCCAAGGGGCCCAUGAGUUAUGAGAACAUGGACAUUCUGUUUUCAUUUCCUGGUGGGGACUGCAGUAGAGGAUUCUUUAUCAUUUCUCUCUUGGUGGAAUUAGAAGCUGCUAAAGCAAUAAAGGACAUUCCCUCUAUAUUCAAAGCACUAGAACGUCAGGACCAAGAUGCUUUGCACAAGGCACUGCUUAAUAUAACUUCUUGUCUGAAGGGAGCCCUUAAAGUGUUUGAACAAAUUCAUGAUUAUGUGGACCCAGACCUGUUUUUCAACGUUCUUCGCAUAUACUUGUCUGGCUGGAAAGGCAACUCCCAGCUGCCAGAGGGUCUUUUGUAUGAAGGAGUCUCAGACAUCCCAAAAAUGUUUGCCGGGGGUAGUGCGGCCCAAAGCAGCAUCUUUCAGUGCUUCGAUGUUCUGCUGGGCAUUGAGCAGAGUGCUGGUGAAGCAUCAGCUGCUGCAUUCCUCCAGGAAAUGCGAACAUACAUGCCACCAGCUCACCAGAAAUUUCUUCACUCAUUGGAGUCAGGCCCCUCCGUGCGUGAGUUUGUCCUUUCAACAAAUGAUGAUAGGCUAACUGCAGCUUAUAAUGACUGUGUGAAAGCUAUGGUCUCUCUGAGAAGCUACCAUUUGCAAAUAGUAUCUAAGUACAUUCUGAUUCCUGCAAGCAAGCAGUCCAAAAAACCUGAAACCUCUGAAGAGCCAUCAGAAGUGGGAAGUAAAGGAACUGGAGGCACUGAUGUCGUGAAAUUUCUAAAGAAUGUGAGAGGUACAACAGAGAAGGCCCUUUUGAAGAAUGGCCCUUUUAGUGUAAACCAAGCAACAGUACAUUUUUUCAAGAUAAAUAUUAUAUGUGUGUGUGUGUGUGUAUGUGUGUAUAUACUACUUGCUAUAUUAGGAUGACAAAUCAAUACGUAACAACUUAAUAAUGAUUUAAAAAAUUUUUAAAUGUUUUUUCUGAUGUCUGUGAAUUCCUUGCAUGAAAACAAUAAAAAGCAAUUGUAAGUGCUACAAUCUAUUCCAUAUAAUUAGAAUGUAAUAAUAAAAAUUGAAAUGAUAUAAUAAAAUACCAUAUAAUUAGAAUGUAAUGAUAAAAGUUGAAAUGAUAUAAUAAAAUACCUAAAAGUUGCUUUAUUCAUAACUAUAAUUAAACAGUGCUCCAAAUGAGACCUACUCCACACUGCUCCCCUUCAUGCAGGGCUAACAGAUUCCGAUACUUUUAAUUAAGUAAUAUCACACUUUCUCACAAUUACCUGUUUAUUUGUCUAUAUUCUCAUUACAAUAUAAGCUUCAUGAUAUCAGGGACACUAUUGUUUACCAUACCCAUGCAUGCCUAUAAUACAUAUGUAAUAAAUAUAUUAAAUAAAUAUUGAAAAGAUUGAGUUUAUGAAUAAGUCAAUAUGUGCUAACAUGAAGUCACAUUUGAAGUAUACUUUUUCCUAGGAGGUCAGAGUUAUUAGGCAUUCACUCUCUGGCAUGAAUUUAUUUACCAAUGGAAUCUAAGAAAGUUAGGGCUAGAGAGGAACUUAAAACUCAUAUGAGCCAAAACUUAUUAUAAAAGAUGAUCGAACUCAUUAUAAAGGCUCAGAAGAGUGAGGUGGCUUACUUAGGGUCACACAAUUAGUUUAAAAUGGGAGGAGAACUUUUUUGACAUCUCCCAUCUUUUUCACUUCACUUGGAGCAAGUGGGUUAGAAAGGAAGGGAAUUUGGGGAGGACAUGAGGUGACUUAAUAGGAUCUCAUGCAGUAGUAAAUGGUCAGCCAGAAACUGGGUAUUCUAUUAAAGAUGAGAAGAAAAACACGCACAAUGGUUGUAUGGGUAGAGGAUUAGCAAGCACUUUCGAUUUAGAAAAAGCUCAGCUCUGAGGGGAUGAGUUGAAUACACUCAAGUACAUUUGAAGAAGUAAAUGUAGUCACAUAUUUCUAAAGUGAAACAUCCAAAAACAAUUUUAGCAUCAUUUCUCAAACACAUCCAAACUAACCCAAGGAAAUCAAGCGGAAUCUCUGCUUACAGCAAGAUUUCACAUAUAUUACUAGUGCAUGGUACACAUUUUUUCUUUAUUCUCCAGUUGAUAUUUCUGCAAUCAGUGUACAUUAGUUUAUAACAAAAAUAUGCAUGCAUGUAUACAUACAUACCAAAUACAUAUGUGUAUGCACAUGAGUGUAAUCUUUAAAUGAUCACUGGAAAGGUCAUCAUGACUUAAGAGUUUGAUGCUUUUCAAAAGCACUAAACUGAAAGUCAGGAGACCAAGAAUUGGGAUUUAUUUUGGACAUCUACUUGGUUUGUGACCUUAGGCAAAUGCUUUGUAUUUCUGUAAAAUGAGCGCAAAAAUACCUGCUCUGUCUCAUUCACAUGGUAACUGUGAGGACAGAAUAAAAUAUAGUGCCAA